CACAUUAGCAUAACUGAGAGAUCCAUCUGGUUCAAGUUUCUCCCUGUCCAAACUCAAUUCUUCCAUUGAUUAUCAAUCCGUUGCCCGCAACUAUGGCCGAAGUUGUUCUGGGGGGCGUUGUGGAGUCUGUCACCGGACACCUUGUUUCCCUCAUCUCCCAGGAGAUUAGACUAGCAUGCGGCGUCAGAGCUGAGCUCGAGAAACUCCAGACCACUGUCUCUGUCAUCGGUGGAAUGCUUCGUGAGGCUGACAAGAGACGAGUUGAGGCUGAGGAUGUGAAGGAAUGGCUCAAGAAGCUGAAAGAGUUGUUCUACGAUGCGGAUGACCUGCUGGAUGACUUCUCCACUGAGGUUUUGCGCCGUCGGAGAGUGAUGGUAGGAGGUAAGCGGAUCCUCAAUGAGGUGAGUAUCUUCUUCUCCUUUUCUAACCAGCUCUUUUAUGCCAUUAAAAUGGCUCAUCGAGUCAAGGAGAUCAGGGGGAGGAUCGAUGCGAUAUGGAAUGACCGGCACGCGUGUUUUCAUCUUGAAGGAAAUAGUAAUCUUAUGGGGAGUUUGGAGGAGAACCAAACUAGGUCGGAAACUUACUCGUUUGAGCCUGAAAUGUAUGUGGUUGGACGAGAUAAGGAGAAGAAGGAAGUCAUGGAGUUCUUACUCAAUCCUGAUUUUGAGGAGAGUGUUUCCAUCGUCCCAAUAGUGGGUGUUGGAGGCCAAGGGAAAACGACAUUAGCAAGAAAAGUAUUUAAUGAUGACAAGGUGAAGGAAUAUUUCGAGAUGAGGCUAAUUUGGGUCUGUGUGUCGACCAGUUUCAGUGUGAAGGAUAUUUUGAGGAAGAUAGUACGAGAAUGCUCCCCUAACAAAGAAGGAAUUGCAAAUCUCGACAUGAAUGAGUUGCGAAAAAAGCUGGGAGAGUGGAUCAAUGGAAAGAAGUACUUACUUGUUUUAGAUGAUGUGUGGAAUGACAACCGGUCUAAAUGGUUAGAACUACAAGGAUUUCUCAUGAGCGGUGCCAAAGGGAGUAAGAUAUUGGUGACCACUCGCUCUACUCGGGUGGCGGAAACUAUGACUCGAAAAUUUUAUAAAUUGAGUGGCUUACCUAGCGAUGAGUCGCUCUCUCUCUUGAUGCAAAUGGCAAUGAAGGAGGAGCACGAGUGGAAAAAUCAAAAUCUAGAAAAGAUUGCAAGAGAAAUUGUGAAGAAGUGUGCGGGAAUUCCCCUUGCAAUUAAGACGAUUGGGCGAUUGUUAGUGUUCUCUGGAAGUACCGAAGAAGAUUGGUUGAACUUCAAGGAUAAUGAUUUAUCUUUGAUAAAUCAAGAAGAAGAUGACAUCAUGCCAACACUUAAGUUGAGUUACGAUUUUUUGCCAUCGCAUUUGAAACCGUGCUUUGCUUAUUGCAGCUUAUUUCCACAAGAUUAUGAGCUAGAACCACGUGAGCUUGUCUAUCUUUGGAUGGCACAUGGAUUUAUUAAUAAAUCUCUAGGCAGUAAGAAAACACUUGAAGAAGUAGGUUACGAUUAUUUCAGGGAGCUGCUUUCCAGAUCCUUUUUCCAAGACAUGCAAGUAGAUCUAUACGGCGACAUUAUGAGCUGCAGAAUGCAUGAUUUGAUGCAUGACCUCGCACGGUUUGUAGCAGGAGAGAGUUGCAUCACCAUUGAUAGCUCACAUGCGAAAAUGUUCCCAGAAGGAGCUCGUCAUGUAACUACCAAUGAUCAGAAUGUGUUGAAUGGAUUUGAGAGAGACAGAAGAAUGAGGUCCCUGUUUCUUAUGGUUGAAGGGAGUAUUGAUAUUGCUGUUCUGGAUGUUUCAUGUUUUAGAAGUCUACGGGCACUACGUAUUUGUGGUGGCCACAUAAAGGUGAUUUCACGUUCCAUUGCUAAACUGAAGCAUUUGAGGAGCCUUGAUCUCUCAAAGAAUGAUGGGUUUAGGUAUCUUCCCAAUUCCAUAAGCAAGUUGUGCAAUUUGGAGAGCCUUAAUCUCACAGGAUGUAGGGAUCUAAAAGAAUUACCAAGUGGAAUUACAAAGUUGGUCAAUUUGAGGCAGCUUAGGGUGCGUGGGUGUUAUAACUUAAGAGAUAUGCCAAGGGGGAUUGGGAAAUUGACUAAUUUGCAAAUGUUAGACGUAUUCGUGGUAGGGGAGAAACUAAACCGAAAUGCUGCAGAGCUGAAUGAGCUGAGCAAACUUACUGGAUUGAGGGAAAAACUGACUAUUCAAAGCUUGGAAAGAGUGGAGAGUAGUAGUAUUUCGAGCGAGGUGAAUGCUUCCUUCUCGAUGGAAAAGUUAGCUGAUCUUCAGUGUUUGCGACUAUGUUGGCGAUACUUCAGGGAUGUGAGUGCGAGCAAUGGCGAAGAAGUUUUAGAAAAACUUCGACCCCAUCGAUAUCUAAAGGGAUUGAGGAUAGAAGGAUAUGGGGGUGCCAGGCUUCCAUCGUGGGUCUCUCAACUGCAUAGACUAGUCGACAUUGAGAUUAAACAAUGUCAGGGAUGCAGGCAGCUACCACCUGUAGAUCAGCUCCCUUCCCUCAAAAGAAUCUUCUUGGUGGCUUUGAGGGAUUUGGAGCAUAUAGAAUUAUCGAAGGGUGGGACGAUGUCACAGUCAAAUUUCUUUCCAUCCUUGGAAGAAAUAAAGUUGUAUCGUUUGCCUAAAUUCAAGGGAUGGGACUAGGAGAGGAGGGGAAAUAGAGUUGAAGAGGAGGAUGGCGAUUCUUCUUCUUCUUCUUUGUUAAUGCUCCCUUGCUUCUCCGACAAGGUCAAGGUUGGAAUAAUUGAUUGCCCAAGAUUCUCUUACAUGCAUGGUCAACAGCUACUACGACUAGCGGGAUGGAGGAUGAGGAAUGUAACUGCACUCCUACUCCACCAACACGAUCCACGACUUCUUCCCCUUGGCCCCCAACGACCGAUGGCAGUGCUAGUGCCGACUGAUUCAUCUCCAUCGACCAUAAUAAAGAAUCAGACGACAUUGACCGCCAUAUCUGAUUCUAUAUCUCUCGCCGCGCUGACAUCCCUCUCCAUCAGCGAAAUUAAGGAUGCAAAGCAGUUGCCCGUGCAAUUGUUUCAGUCCCUCCCUUCUCUCCAAUCUCUUAAAAUCAAGGAUUGCCCUGGCCUUAAAGCACUCCCUCUGGGGGCGAUCCUCCGAUACCUAUCCAACCUUGAGACGCUAGAAAUUUCUGGGUGCAAAAAGCUUGAUUUAUCCACCGAGGAUGAUGACGAUGACGAUGAUGGUGGUAAUGCUGAAGGCAUGACUAAUCUUUUGCAGCUACAGGGCCAUCAUAAACUUCGCCAUCUAGAGAUUAGAGACUGCAAAGGCUUGAAGUCUCUCCCUAGAAGAGUGUUUCUUCCGCUUCUCACCACCCUCGAGUCGUUGGCGCUAAUUUACUGUCCAGAACUUGACUUAUCAAUGGGGGAGUCAAAAGUA